AAAUUGACAGCGUACGUACAGGGGCGUCUUUAAUGACGUGAUCGCUCAGGUUGCACGCUGCUGACGUGUUUGUAGGGAAGUAGCAAGCUGGCUACCUAGCUAGCAACUUGAGCGUUAUUUUCAUUAGACGUGUGCAGCCAGUGACAGCUCAUCAUGGGAAUAAUAGCCAACGAAUUGAAAUAAUUGGCGUCAGGAGAGUAAUCGGAGUAGAGUACACAGACAAGGAAUUUGCCGUGAAGUGGAUUGAUUCCUUCAAGGGCCAUGGGCAAAUGGAGGAUGCCAGACCUGUAUAGGGCCCCCUUCCCCCUCUACACAAUCAAAGUCGACCCCAAAACAGGAUGGGUGAUCACUGCAGGAGGGGGAGGUGCUUCCAAAACGGGCAUAAAGAAUGCAGUGCACUUCCUGGGUUUGGAGUUGGUAGGAGACCAGCACUGUGCCACCCUGGUGCACUCUCAUGACACAGACACGCGUGCCACCAUGAACCUGGCAAUAGGCGGGGAUGUGAUCGCCGCAGGGCAGGACGGCAGAUGCAGCCUCAUGCGCUUCAGACAACGCCAGACCAGGGGCAAGGCCGCAGCCAAGGACGCAGGGGGUGGCAGUGAGCAGGGCGCAGCAAGGAGACGAGCUGGGAAAGGGGGUAAGGGUAGUGAGGGAGCUGCUGCUGCUAGGGGCAAUGUGUCCGAGAUGAAGGAUAACACCACCCAGAUCUCUGUUGACACGUUUGGGGAGGUGCAGUCGGACCUCAACCCCCAGGACCCCCUCCAGAAGUGUGUGAGGUUCAGUCCCGAUCUCAGCCUCCUACUGACUGGCGGAACAGACGGACACAUCAGAGUGUGGGAAUACCCCUCCUUAAAAGAGAAGUUGGACUUCAAAGCCCAUGAGGGGGAAAUUGAAGACUUGGACAUCAGUCCGAAUAACAAGCACCUUGUGACGGUGGGCCGGGACUUUGCCUGCAGUAUAUGGAGUGGCAACCAGCUGGCCAUGAGCCUCUGUUGGCAUGAGAAGAUGCCUCAGAUAGCAGCAAAGUCAUACCGUUAUAUGGCUUGCAGGUUUGGAAAAGUCGAGGACCAGAAAGACACCCUGAGGCUCUACACCGUCCAGAUCCCCCACAAACGAGACAGAAAACCUCCACAAUGCUACCUCUCUAAAUGGGACGGCCAGAACUUCCUACCCAUGCUGACGAACCCCUGCGGCACUGAGGUCAUCUCCACCCUGGCUGUCAGUGACUCUGGAACCUUUCUUGGCCUUGGGACAGUGACGGGAUCAGUAGCAAUCUAUAUCGCCUUUUCACUACAGAAGUUGUACUAUGUGCAGGAGUCCCACGGCAUUGUGGUGACGGAUCUGGCCUUCCUGCCCGACACUCCCAAAGGCCAGAGCCUCAAAGGGAACAACGAGGCAGCCAUGUUGAGUGUGGCUGUGGACUGCCGCUGUCAGAUGCACACUGUGCGCAACCGAAGAUCCUUCCCUAUCUGGCUGGUGCUGUUCUUCUGUGGCCUCAUGGUGGUGGGAGCUGUCCUGCUCCUGCAGCACCUCUUCCCAGGAUUCAUUUAGACAUUGACAGGGAGUUAAGGAGAAGGAAAGAAUCAGACUGCCCUACAACCACUACUAGCCCUACAAUCUUCAACAACAACCUCAGAGGAACCCACCCUGACACCACUCAAUCCUGGAACACGCAUCAAUCUCCUACCUAUAGCCAUCGUACCACACUUAACCAAACCGUGGAACAUUUUAACCACACUUGCCCAACCCUGGACUACAUUUACUAUAGCCAUUUACUCCCUCUUAACCCAGCAAGAUUCCCUGCAUCAAUUACUAUACCCGUAACCAAUAUUUGUAUCCCCCAUCCUUCCCUGUCACCCCUUGUCCUGAUUCAGGACUACCCCCCAGUGAACCAUCUGUGCUCCUUCCACCCCCAAUUCUUUGAGACACAAGAUUUCUUUUUUUCUUGAUCUGUAUCAAUCUUCUUUUUGCUUUUAUACCAUGGUGGGGAGUUAAGGGCUCAACUUCAGAUCUAUAUCAUCAAAUCAAAUCAAAUUUUAUUUAUCAUCAUGAAUGUGCAAGGGGUUGGGCCUUUGUUAUCGUAGCUAUUUAAGAAAUAAUUUAAAAUUAUAAAUAUACUUAAAUCAUUGCUCUUCUGUCAGUUUCCAUCUGUCCUGUGCAUACAUAAACACACAUACCAGUUUCCAGUGAGGCCUGUGUUUCCUGCUUUGUCCACUAGUUGGCAUCAUUGACCAAAUGUCUAUCUAAUGUUGUUCAUCCCAGACUGGGAAGCAGGCCAGGCAACAGGGCAUCAUGACCUUCAGGAAAAACUAAAUCAAUUAGGUUGGUGGACUCCCCUUUAGCUCCAUUUCCAAUGUUGAAAGACCUGCCGUUUUUGAGUUCUGCUCUGAAGGCACCUGUAUAGGAUCUCUAAUCGUCUCCUUUCAGGCCUAUUUCGACAUUAAACCAGAUUGACAGAUGGAAGGGUGGUCUUUUUUUCUGCUCCACACAGCUCCGUAGAUGUGUUUGUGUACAACCAUUCAGUCUGGGCCCAGGGCUUGCUCUGAUUCGUCAGAGCUGGACCGACUGAUUCAUGUUAAUGGUCUAGUCACUCACGUGACAUUUUAACACAAGUUAGCUAAGAUAGAAGAACGAGAUAAUGAUCCUAAAUAAAAUAUGAGGCAGGCUAUGAUCCAGUGUAUGUGAUGGUUUUCUGUGUCUUGCAGAGUAUACAUACUGUAUAUCAGCAUUGUAUGGUCUUUUGUAGCAUGGAAUUCAAGAUUCUUGCACGUUCUCGACCAAAGCACCAUGGAGAGUGCUUGGUUUGUUUCAAAUGGCCGACUAACACUAUCAUCAAGCUGUAUAGUUCAUCUGUGUUUGUUUCAACCAAUUAAACACUUUAUUGGAA